UAGGUAAACUCAGUUUUUCAAUUUUACUUUAAAGAUUCAUCAAAGUUUGUCCAAUCUUCAUCAAAAUUGGUUCAGAUCAUUGGUGUGUUUGGCCUCGUAACUGCUGCUUGCAGCUAUAUUUACAAUUCAGAUGUGUCCAAAUACUAUCAGUAAUACUGUCUAUCUACUGACUUAUUUAUCAUCACCCUUAAAAGACUGAACUGAUGGAUGUGUUUGUGUAUCCUGCUGGAAUCUGGAGUUAAAAAUUCACAUUUCCAUGAUCAGAAUCUGCUCAUCACAAUGUCUCUCUUGUUUUCUGCCGGUACUGACACGACGGUCACUCUGUGCUGAGUCUGUGCUGACUCUGUGCUGAGUUCUUCAUGAAUGGAAUGAAUAUUAUCCAUGAAUCUCCCUCACAUGACCAGCUGUGACAUUCGCUUCCAUGAAUACUUUUUCAAGAAGGGUUACAACACUCCGGCCAGAUAUGGUCCUUUGGUCCACAAAAGUCAAGCUGGCAUAUGUCGUGGAGUUUACAGUACCAUGGGAGGAUGGAGUGGAGGAAGCAUUUGAGAGAAAAUUGUUGAAGUACUCUGAACCGGCAAUCGAAGCCAUGCUAAAUGGCUGGAAAAUGAGGAUUUUUUCCAGUGGAAGUGGGAUGUAGGGGUUUUGUCACCACAUCCCCAACUAAUCUACUAAGGAAAAUGGGGGUUAGGGGUUGCUCUCUACAACAAGCAAUAAUGUUCUUGUCGAAUGCAGCUGAAAGAAGGAGCAAUUGGCUGUGGAUUAAAAGGAAGGACAUAAACUUGGCGGCAAGAUGAAGAUAGAGGAUAUGGAGUUGAGGGGGGUGUACCUGGGAUGCCAGGUGUCACAGUUGAGCCUUCUGGAGACGUUGUGGGUUAAUCAACGAAAUUUCCAUGAAGGAGGGUGCCCACCUGAUGACAUGAAUUAUAUCCCUCCCCUCCCCUGUACCACUUAAAUUUCACUGCUGACAUAAGGCAUGCCAAUUUUCCAUAGGGAUUGAGACAUCGAGUUCAAUUAGCUACACAUAAGAUGAGCUAAACAUUUUAGAUGAGGUAGACACAUCAUGUCUAUAGAUCUCUUAAAACAUGCUAAAUACAUUUCUGAAAACACAAUUUGAACAUUUCCUUUGUAUUAUUGGUUAUAUUUUCUGAUCCCAAAAGAAAGGGGGUUCUCAAUCACUGGGGUGAUGACUUUCUAGUGUUUUUUUUUAUAUUUUUUUUAUUCUUAUUUAUACUUUUUUAUUACAGUUGAAUUUACUACCUGCUUAUACACAAAGAGAAAUUGUACAAUGUAAAAUAUCCAACUUGCAAAAUGUUCCCCUAACUAAUGUGAAGUAGCUUGAACAGAGUUUUUAAUUUUGUGUAAACUGAACAGGAAUAGGCCUACUCCAAACAUGUUGCUAACAAAGAUUAUUUUGUCAACAUCACUUAGAUGUUCAAGUUUCUUAUCACACACACACACACACACACACACACACUCAGAGAGAGAUUGAUUUUUUAAUAACAAACUUUAUUCAAUCAUAACAGCAUAAAUAUUAAACACACAUCAAAUCCAGACCAGAUCAAAAAUGAACUCCUCCUCCACCGUACAAAAAUCGAAUUGUAACACCACUGUAGUUUAAAAGUUUCUAUAUAAUUCAUUGCUUUAUAAUGCUUAAACUCUACAACAAUUCUUGACUUGACAAAAGCUUUAAAUAAAGAUGUAAUCUCUUGACCACACCUAUUUUCGAUUCUGUUCUUCCUUGUUUUAUAAAUUGCCAGCUUUGCCUGUCUAAACAAAAAAUUAAUCAAUUGCCAUUUGAUCCUUUGCUUCUGAUUGUACCCAGCCCCCAAAAUAAAAUUUUGCAUGGAGUCUUUUACAUUCUAAGAAACAAUGAAAAAUAGUUUCCCUAAAUCCACAAAACACACAUUUGUCAUCAACAUUGGGAUUAAUGACUGAAAUAAAAGUGUUAACAGCCACAGCCCCGUGUAAAAUCCUCCAUUGUAAAUCACCAGAUCGUUUUAUCAAUGGUGGUUUGUACAGCACCCUCCACACUGGCUUCAUUCCCUCUUUCAACCCAAGUUUGUCUUUCCAAACUGUAUCAAACCUCCCAUUUAACGUUACUUUAUUUAAAACUUUAACAAAGCAUUUAUACAUCACUUUUCCUCCUACUUCAUUCAGUUCUAAAUUUUGUAAUUCGUUAAGAUCCAACAAAGGACCCGAUAAUUCUUUUAGGUCUGGUGUGAUCCCAAGCUUUGGAAAAUUUUUUAUUUAAUUUUCCAUUUUUAAAAUCUUUUAUCAAAUAAAAUUCCUCCUUUGUUAGCCUUGUUUCCCACAUCUCCACUAUGGUUAACGUGUGGCGAGUUGAUUUCUGACCCAACAAACUGGCCACCGCAUUUAUAUCACUCAGCUCGGGUCCAGCCACCCACAAUUAUCCCCAUUACGUGCCUCAGUGUCACAGAUUUGGUAGCACACAGUCUCUGCACAAGUCCUGGAACAUUCCCACCCGCAAUGUCCAUUCAAGCACCUUUAAUAAGAGGUUCUUGUAAUAACCAGUACAAAGAAUUGGUCUCCUCCAUCCUGCACACAUUGAACAGUCCCCAUACUUUGAAAAAUCCACAGUAAAAUUGAGACAGUCCAGCCAGACGUAAUUGUUUCACAUCCAUUAGAAACAGGGCAGCAUCCAGUCCGAGCCCAUCCACUGUGUGUAAAAUUACUUUUGCCACCUUCCUCCACACCAGAUCCACAGGCCCAGUCAGAAAUUUCUGGAUGAACUGUAGACGAAAAGUAGCAUGCCUGCUUGGUAAAUGGACUAGCCCUUGUCCUCCCUCUUCUUUAGGAAGAAAGAGCACACCUUGAGGAACCCAGUGCAAACUGUCCCAAAAAAAAUUCAAUAAGAUUGUCUGUAAUCGGGACAGCAAUCCAACAGGUGGAUCCACACAAGAUAAUUUAUGCCAUAAUGUUGAAGCAACCAAGUUGUUGACUAUCAAAACCCUCCCUCUAAAAGACAAUUGUGAAUGAAGCCAUUUCCACUUUUUUAAUUUUCCUUCUAUCUUUUCAAAAUCCCCUUCCCAAUUCCUUUGUUGGGUAUUUGAAUCCCCAAGAUACACACCUAGACAUUUAAAACCUUCUUUCAUCCAGAUCAUCCCACUAGGUAAUUUUGGUAACCCUCCCUCCCAUUUCCCAACAGCCAAUGCUUCACUCUUCUCCCAGUUAACUUUGGCAGCUGAAAUUAUUCCAAAAUCAUUAAUAACAGAAACCAGCUGAUUAAUGUCUUCUUGUCCAUUUACCAUGACCAUAACAUCGUCAGCAUAAGCUGAAAUUUGAUGCUGAAUAUCAUGAUACAAUAUUAAACCAUUAAUCUUGGUUCUUAGUCUAUUCAGCAUUGGUUCAAUAGCUAAUGAGUAAAGCAUACCGGACAGUGCACAACCCUGUCUUGACCCCUCUACUAAUUUUAAAAGGGGCGCUCAAACCACCAUGGAUCUUCAGCAAACUUUCAGUGUCCUGGUACAGCACUUUUAACAUACCAAUAAAAUCAGAACUAAAACCAAAUGCUUCUGGGGUGUCCCAUAAAUACUGGUGCUCCACUCUAUCGAAUGCUUUUUGUUGGUCAAUAGAGAUAAAACCCAAAUUUACCCCUAAAAGACUCGAAACACUUAAAACAUCCCGUAUGAGACUAACAUUAUCAAUAAUUGACCUACCCAGCACGCAGUACGUCUGGUCAAAAUGAAUGACCUGCCCCAUCACUUUUCUCAGUCUAUUAGCUAAAGUCUUAGAAAGAACUUUAAGAUCAGAACAAAGCGAACUCACAGGUCUCCAGUUCUUGAUCUCCUGCAAAUCACCUUUUUUUGGUAUCAAUGUGAUCACUGCCCUCCUACAGCUCAAGGGCAAAGAGCCAACAGACAAACUUUCAUUUAGGACUGCCAACAGGUCCUCGCCCAGCACAGCCCAAAACUCCCUAUAAAAUUCAACAGGGAGUCCAUCCAUCCCAGGAGCUUUUCCACUCCCCAUGCCCUUCAGAGCAUUCAGAAGUUCCUCUGCAGAAAGAUGCCUCUCCAGCUCUGCCUUUGAGUCCUCCAAGACACUUGGCAGACCUUCAUAGAAGCCAGCGGAUAACUCCUUGUCCUUUCUGUAUUCACUACUGUAUAGUUUGCCAUAGAACUGUACAGCUCGUUUUCUGAUAUCAGAUGUCUGUGCGUAGACAGUGAAUAUAACAACUCUGACCAUUCUUUUUUUCAAGGCUAAAGAAAAACUUAGCUGGGGCAUCCAUUUGCGUUAAAUUCUGAAAACGAGAACAGACCAGAGCCCCCUGCGCUUUACUGCCGAGCAAAUCUGCAAGAAGAGAUGUCUUACUUUUAAGUGUCUCGAUGUGUCUUCCCUCCCCAGUAACCUCUGCUAACCCUUGUGCUUCUAUAAUUUCAGAUUCAAGUUUUUUCAUUGAUCUAGUGAUGUCCCGAGAAACACUGAAAGUAUACUGUUGACAAAAUACUUUCACCUCAACCUUUACAUAAUCCCACCACUCACGCAAAUUUUAAAACAACGCUUUCUUAGUUUAAAAUUAUUCCAGAAGGAAAUAAAAACAUCUCUAAAAUUCACAUCACUUAACAGGGAGGUGUUAAAAUGCCAAUAUGCACUCUUUGACUUCACAUUUGCUAUAUACACAUUACAUGAUACUAAACAAUGAUCAGAAAAACCAGUUGGUGUAAUAAAACAACUUUUCACAACAUUAAAAUGUCUAAAACAAUAAAACCUGUCCAAUCUGGCCAAGGAAAUAAAGUUUUCUCUGUUAUGUACCCAUGUGUAUUGUCUUACAUUAUUAUUUAGCUCUCUCCAUACAUCACACAAACUGUGAGUCUCGAAUUCAUUCAUUUAAAACACGACUUGAAGCAGCAUGAGGUUCAAUGCGAUUCCUGUCUACUCUAUAAUUCUCUGUACAAUUAAAAUCGCCACCCAAAAACAAAAAAUCAUCAGAACUACAAUUCUGCAAGAUAGUGUUUACAUCUUUAAGAAAAAGUACUCUUUCACUUCCAUUUGUAGGAGCAUAAACAUUAAUAAAAACAGCCUUGAAUUUUUCAAACUAAGACCCUAUGCAUAAUAAUCUGCCAGAAACCACGUUUAACAUCACAUGAAAUAGGCAAAAAAUUAUUAGCAAAGAGAACAGCCACCCCUCCUCUAGUAGAGCUCAUGUGAGCAAACAACACAUCACCCUCCCAUUCUUUUUUCCAGUCAGUUUCAUUAAUACAGUCACUGUGUGUUUCUUCAACAAACAUCACAUCAAUAUUCUUUUGUUUGAUAAGUUCAAACAGCAAUGCUCUUUUAUGCAUAUCUCAGGCCCCAUUCAAGUUAAGAGAGCUCACCCUCAUCACACUCAUUAAAAAAAAAAUAGUAUGAGGGGACACAAACCAAACAAAAACAUAGAAAAACACAGAUUAUGUGGUUUCAAAGCCAUCUUCAGUUUGUAGUUCUAAUUUCAGUUUGGAAACAAGUUUCUUCAAUCUAUAGAUCUCCUGCACUGUAAACUGUUCCCCUCUUUCACCCCUCAUUAGCAUUGUCACUGAGUUGAUAAACAUUCUGCGGUCAGCAAAAAAAUCUUCAAACUGGACAUUUUUCAAAUUUUUAGUAAUUUGCAGAAAUGACUUUAUUUUGUCAAAGUUGUAAUCACUGUGUCUACUUCGUCCCGUGUUACUGUCCACUACAUCACUGUCAGAAUCAGUUAGUCUGCUCAUUUUAGCUGCUUCCGUACUCUUUCUAGCCCUUUUUCUCUUAGUAUUGGGUAUUUUGAACAGUGUUUCAUCACAAGCAAUGCCAGUCACCAUCUCCUGCUCCAUAAUAGACUCAGCAACCACAGCAGUUUCUUUCUCCCCACUCUCUGAAUUUUCCCCCGCAACAUCAGUAAACACUGUAUUAGUUCCAUCCUCCCCUUUCUCUGUAUUCCCCCCCACAACAUCAAUAGGCACUGUAUCAGCUUCUUUCCUCUCAUUUUCUGUGUUUCCCCCCACGACAUUACCAUCAUCAUCAUCUCCAACAGCAGAGUCAUCAUCAGUCGCUAUUACUCUACUACUAGCACGCACUGUUUCCCUGCUCGGGCCCGGCUCAGAGUCUAAUUCAUUUUCUCUCUCAGGACAUGCACGCCUAACAUGCCCCUCUUGCCCACAGCCAAAACAUUUCAUAGUAUCAGACGAUGCAAAUAUGACAUAAUCAAAGCCAUCAACUCUGAAUUUAAAAGACACGUUCAGUUCAUCCAUAUCGCUCUUUAGGAUCAUAUGUAAUUGCCGUCUGAAACAUACAACAUACAUGUUUAAGCAAGGGCGACUUACACCCUAGUGGAAUCCUUUUAUUUGGGACACAAUUUUUCCAUGUCUAGACAAUUCAUUAACCAAGAGCUCAUCUUUAAUAAAAGGUGGCACAUUUGACAGCGUUAUCUUUUUUGCCGGCUGAACCAGCGGCAUUACUGGAUUAAAAGUGUCCUGAAUUACUACUCCGCUCUGAACUACACUGUUUACCUUCUCAGUCGUAUCAAGGAAGAUGACAACAGCACUGUUCAUUCGUGAAGCCGACAUAAUACUGUCAGAACCAACAACUUCACCAACAGCCAGGCUACAGUCUUCCACAGAGCAGUUCAUCACAGGCGUGAGUUUUAUCCCAUGCCUUCGAGAAAGCUGCUCAAACUUUGUUUGGCGUGGGCCCGCCAUUGCUGACCAGCAAAAUGCUGGUUGACAGCGUUCCACAACCUCAAAGGCCCCUCCUUAACCUUUCCUAGCUUUCUUUUCAAACAAACGUAUAAACAAAACUUUAAAGCAGAGACAGUAAAUGAAAGUAGAAAAAAAAAGCAUACUCACUCGUACCGCAGCACUAUCACUCACUCACUGCAUCCGCUCAGAGAGUGAGAGAGAGAGAACAUAGCAAAAUCCCAAUAGUGUUACAACACUGAAGCAGUGUUGAAGUUAAUUAGAUAAUUAAGUGAUUAAGUGAUGAUUGAGCAUUAGUGAUGAACACCUGCUGUUAACAAGCAGAAUCACUGAAGGAAAGAGGAACAAGAACAGAAAAAGAGAAGAGAUGAGCAGAAACACAAGAACUAUAACUGGCUUCCAGCCCUUAUACUUAUUGCUAAGUUGUAUUUGAAGUACCAGUACAUCAAGAAUCAGCACAUGAAUCUCAACAAAAUAUUCAGUCAAACAAAUAAACUCCAAACAUCACAAAACAAACUACUAAAGUCACAACAAAACAACAGCAAAAUAAAAGCAAAUAGUAAGAAUUAAUGAAAAUAAUAGGAAAAUACAGCUGCAUAAUUUAUUCAUGUGGCAAUGCAUGCUGGGAGCCAUGGAUGAGUUAUGAUUGGUGGCUCCCAUCAUGCACUGCAACAUAAAGCAUUUUGGCAAAAAAAAAAAAAAAAAAAAAGUCAAGAACAAACACUGAUCUCCAUAAUAGUUCAAACUAAUCUAUUAUUUUCAAGAAAACAUCAACAUCUAAACGUAUGUAGACGUACGAAAGAAAUAAAUUAGUCUGGUUAGUAUUGAGUGUAUUAUUACUAGACUUGUUCGAGAUGAACGACACUAGCCUGCCAUUGGCUGGCGAGAUCUGCUGUUUGCAGGCGGGGGAGGAGUACAGAGAUGGCCUUCAGGUCAGGACACUUAAUGCUUUCCAUAGCGUGCUGAACCAACGUCAUUCAUGGCAGGCCACGCGAUUUUUGCAUCGAUUGUGGUCGAAGAAGUUUGAUGCGAUUGAAAUUCCCAUGUUUUGAAUAUCAGAUAUUCAAUAUCAAGAUUGGUUAAAUACAGGAACUUGUCUCAGAAAAAACACGCAACACACGCCUUGUCAUCACAAAAUCUGACCAAUGAGAAUAAAGUGUGUUAUCAUCAAGGCUUUUGCAGCCGCAAAUCCAACUGCAGAGCCUGACCUAUGCAGCUGGUCUCGUUUUGCUCUCACGGUACUUUGAUGGCACAUGUGAUUGUGAGGCGGCUGCAGCGCCGAUCCAUGUUCUAACUAGAAUGCAUUGCUUUUGUCAGGCGGCAGCUGAUCUUUGUUGUGCCGAAUGAAGUCGAACAAGCCUCCUGUUGUUUCUGCUUGUCUCUUUUUUUCUGUUCUUGUUGUUUCUCUUUCCUUCAGUGAUUCUGCUUGUUAACAGCAUGUGUUUGUCACUAAUGCUUAAUCAUCACUUUAUUAAUCGCAAUUAUCUAAUUAAAUUCAACACUGCUUCAAUGUUAUUUUUUAACACCCUGUAGUGUGGACACAUAUGAACACUGAGCAGUGUUAAAUUAACAAUGGGCAUUUUGCUGUGCGUGCACACAGACUAUUUGUGAUAUAAGCCCACAUACCAAACUUCCUCAUGUCUUCAUUUAAAGAUUGCCACCUGGCUGUGAGGGACUGCCUUUUCUGAUCUUCUUCUUUUGUUGUUGCUUCUGAACUCUUAAAAUUAAUGAAAAGAAAACACAAAACCUAACAAAAAAGUGUGAAAUACCAGUUAUAUGAAUUUAAAACUGCAUUAGAAGUUGGUGAACACAGAUUUAUUGUACAAAUGUAUAUAUUAGAGUCACAUAUUUAGUAUCUGUGAAACCCUAUUGUGUUUCUUGUUGUCUUUCAGCAUCUGAGGGAUUUCAGGAGUUAGUAAGCAGAGAAACAACACAAUUCACUCAUGAACAACAAUUUUGUGCUUAAAUAAACACUGAGAAAUACAGAGAAAGCACUAGCUAAGUCUACAGAGAUUACUACAUAUUACUAUUCUACAGAGAUAUUUACAGUAUUUAUAAAUGCAAAACUAUUUACAAGUUACUUGGAAAUGAUGGCUAACCUUGCUUGAUAUUAUAUUUUUAGUUUAAAGAUCUGAAACCACUGAGACAACACAUUUACAGAGAGAAUUCAAACGUUUUUUUUUUACUAAAUAAAGUGAGGGCAGUGAGGAUGUUCAGUAUUCUUGGUUUAUUCUUUAUAGACUCAGACUUAAUACUGUUAUUUUAUGCUUUUUAGAGUACAGAUGUAUGGGAGUAUCAAGUAAAAGGAAAAGGAGAAUUCUUGAGAUUGUUCUCCAGUGUGUUCAAUGUUGUCAUUGUCUUGGAAAAGGAGGUUGAGAUGGAAAACGUGGGAGACUUUACAGAUGCAUUCAUUGUCCUUUUUGGCUUGUUGUAUGCACUAAACGUGGAGAAUAAUAAGUAGUUAAAAUAUAUGUUUGAGUUUUUUCAGCAGGUCUUCUUGAACAUUAGGAAUAAGAGCACCAGAGGAGUACAAAGUCUGAGGACCAAGUUAUCGCAAAUGUCUAUUAGAUCAUCUGAGGGAUUUGACUAAAUCAAGAUGCUGCUGAUCAUUGAAGCUCUUCUUCUCAUUUUAGCUGCUCUAGGACAGGAUUACAGAGCUGCUGCAGGAAAGAUAUUUCCAUUGAAUAUGGCACUGAAUUCUGUUGAUGAUCAAUAUGAGGGAUGUAGCGAGAACAUGACACAUCUGGUCAAGACAAAAUAUCUAGAGAAGGAAAUGUCUGCUUCAGCUGAAUUUAACAAGACUUGGCAUAAAGGUGAAGAGAAUGCAAAGACAGCAGAGGAUAACUUGCAACAGAUUCAUUCAGUCGCCAUUCAUGUGUACACUAACAAAGACUCUAAAGUAUAUAGUAAUUUCACUAGUGCCACUCGUACUGACAAACAAAAAUACAAAGAGGGGACAUUCAAAUGGUAUUCACUUCACUUUCUAUUAACAGAAGCGAUACAGAUUCUGAAGAAAACACAAAAUAGAUGCUAUGUAACUUAUCGUGGUACAAAUGUUAAAUUUGAUGUUCAGAACAAAGAGGUUCGUUUGAGUUCAUUUUCAUCUUCCUCUCUUGAUCGUAAGGUAAUACAGGGUUUUGGAAAUAAAUCUUGUUUUGAAAUCUACACCUGUGAAGGUGCUAAUUUGACAAAAUAUUCAAAGUAUCCUGAUGAGAAAGAGGUGCUGAUUCCUCCAUAUGAGACGUUUAAAGUCACAGAUGUCAGGAACAGAGCAGAUCAGCCAGAUCUCUGGUGUGAGACAGUAUUUGUGUUGAACAGCACUGGAAAAACAAGUUACCUGAACUGUGAAUUGUUUAACAGGGGAAACCAUGCUGCUUUCUUUAAUGCUUUGCUAAUUUUGCACAUUUUAUUUUGUGUUUACCUGCUAGUCAGUUAACUUGUAGAUUUUACAUGUUUCUCGUUACUGAACAUUGUAUUCCUAGUCAUGCUUAAUUAAAUCUGAUAUUCCAGGAACACAAUGGGGGGAAAAAGAAGCUUUUCUAAACAAAAUUAUUAGAAUCUUGUUGGUUCUCAUUUUGUGUAAAUGUACUUUGGGUUAAAAAAUACUUUUUACAUUAAUUUUACACAUGGUCUUGUUUCAUGAACACGUAUGUUUUGAUUGAAUGUUUAAAACGACAUCUAAUCUAAUAAUAAAAAAAACAAGACAAAAUAAAUUAUUGUGUCAAUAAAAGCAGGAAUGCUGAAAAAGUCAUGUAAUAAUUUUUGAACAUUCACAUACUUCCAUUUUGAAAUUAUAUUGCAGAAAAAAACAUGCACAUUUAAGCAGGUAGUUUGGUGAUGCACUUGCACCUGUCUCUGGCUGCAUUCGAAACUGCAUACUUCCCUACUAUAUAGUAGGUAAAAAGCAGCAGGCGAAUAAAUAGUAUGUCCGAAUCCUCAGUUUUCAUAAAAGAGUAGGCAAAAAAUACCUGGGUGGUGUACUAAUUAUCACAAGAUUCGGGCAUGCGUAUACUAAUGUUGCAUCCGAAUAUGCCUACUUACCUACUAUAUAGUAGGAGAAAACAGUAUGUGAAAAGAUUAGCAUGUCCGAAACCUCAGUAUUCAUAAAAGAGUAGGCAGAAAAUCCCUGGCUGGCCUACUGCUUCCGCCCAGAUUCUGAAGUGUUCAUCAAUGAAUACUUUUCUAUCCAGGCCUUUCCAGGAGAGGAUACGUCAUAAUCGAACAUGGAGGACAACAGCAAUGUGGGUGUUUUCAAAUGUUUUCAAAUUACAAACCAAAACAUGGCUCCUUGUGUUAAAUUGCAUUUGUUGAACUACUGUAGAGUAAACUGUUGAAUUGUUGGUGUAAAGAGACAGUAUAGUAUAGUUGUGAUUUUGCUGUAAAGAAGAGAGGUUUUAUUAUGUAUAGCUAACAGGGGAGCUCCAGUAACCACACAUAUUGUCUUCUAAACACAACUAAAGUACAACCUUUAUUAUUUUCAAUAAAUAAUCAACAUCUAAACCUCUGUUAAUUCUCAAUAAGAACAUCUGUAGUUGUCUGACAGAAAUAAAGUAAGUCUGGUAAGUAAUAAGUGAAGCUGGUAAUGCUGUUUUUGUUGUUUAAUCCUCCUCUGCUGAGAUCUUGAGAGAUCUGUAUGUGUUUAAUGUUCAGUUGGGAUUUAAAGGGUUUCUGUUGUCUGAGUUUUGUAGGUCACUGAAGAGUAGAUCCUGUGCUUCAGUCCAGGAGAAGACCAAGAAACACUGAUGACAUGCUACAUGUUUUUACAGUUCUUUUGUGUGUCUUCAUAUUAGAAACUGUUACAAACCCCUUUUUAAAUUGUCUAGAGAAAACAAGGGUGCAACAUUAAAACAUUGAACGUGUACUGGAAAAUAAUUACACACCAUUAAGUCAGCAACGUAUUUGUUUAUUAUAGUGAAACCAAUACCAAUUAACCCAAAAUAUAAUUAUUUACAUAAAUUUACAAAUUAUAUACAUUCGUUAACCAAGCCAAAAAUAAUUCACAAAAGAACGGGGAAAAAAGAGAAAAGAACGAGACCGUGCCAAAUCAAAGAAAGAAACAAAAUAUAACCAUCUUACUAAACAGAAAACAAAACUUCUAACCUAACUCAACCAUCAAUAUUCACAAAAAAAAAAAAAAAAAAAAAAAUAAAAUAAAAAAUUGAUAGCUCAGUGUGGCACAUGUAUAUCACGUGAUAUCUUAUAUCUGUUCUUUAUCUCUUUCCCCGUUUAGUAAUGUCGUUUUAUCAACCUGAUAACAGAAACGGCGAGAAACACCAGAGAGAAAAGAUCGAAUGGCCAUUAACACUGACUUAUCAAAGAACACAGACUUAACUAACAAAGAUUAACACAAAAAUGGUACAGGGCAAAACAAGCACGCGAGUCAACCACCAAACAACAAAGAAUAUGUGGCGUGCCAGAGAACUCCCGCUUCCUGCACAGGCGCGCUCUUUAAUCAAACUACGGCGCCCUCAUUGGUGACGCCGCGCGUUGUCGUCACCACGCGUCACGGUGAUUGGCAAAAGACUUGACCACUCAGGUACCCGCAUCACCCUGCUGAAACGAAAGUAAAGACAAAGAAAAAGAGAAGAGGGAAGAAAACAAAAACAAAAUA